AUGGGCAAGUCCUCGAAAGACAAGAGAGAUGUCUACUAUCGACUGGCCAAAGAACAAAACUGGCGAGCUCGAUCUGCUUUCAAACUAAUCCAAAUCGACGAACAAUUUGAUCUCUUCUCCUACGCAGACCCAUCAAAAUGCACCAGGGUCGUCGAUUUAUGUGCUGCUCCGGGCAGCUGGAGUCAAGUGCUAUCACGGAUUCUGAUCAAGGGUGAGAGUUUCGGUCGAAGGGCCUGGAUUGAGAAAAUGGAGAAAUUCCAGAGGCCGAAUCCAUCCCCAAGAGAUCCACUGGAAAGUGGCCUGGUGGGAGGUAUGACCUCGCUUGACCUAGGGACAUCUACUCCAGAAUUCAAGCCUCGCGCCAAUGUCAAGAUUGUCGCUAUUGAUCUUCAACCCAUGGCUCCUCUCGAGGGUAUUACACAACUCAAAGCCGACAUUACCCAUCCUUCAACAGUUCCUCUUCUCUUGAAAGCCAUCGACCCAGAAUUCGACCAGCACAACGAGACCCAUCGAGUUGACUUGGUCAUCAGUGACGGAGCUCCAGAUGUAACGGGGCUACAUGACCUCGACAUCUAUGUUCAAUCUCAACUUCUCUCCUCUGCACUUACCCUGGCUAUGAAAGUUCUCAGACCUGGGGGCAAGUUUGUCGCCAAGAUCUUCCGCGGUAGGAAUGUGGACCUCAUAUUCGCACAGCUCAGACUCGUUUUUGACAGAGUCCACAUUGCGAAACCCCGAUCUAGCAGAGCCAGCAGCAUCGAAGCGUUUGUCGUCUGUGAGGGCUACAGACCCAUCCGAGACUGGACUCCUGAUAUCGGAGAUGCCUUGAAUAUACCUCCACCGGCCAGAAAGGAUGUAGCUGGCUUAGAGAAACAGACAAGACGGGCACGAGAAGAUGGACUCGUUGAACUGCAUUUUGAAGACGAAGAUCUCAAUCCUCAGAGAUGGAUGGCACCCUUUCUCGCUUGCGGCGAUUUAUCGGCGUGGGAUGCAGAUGCUACAUACAAAUUGCCAGAGAGCCAUACCAGUCUUCCACCGGUGCAGCCCCCUACAGCGCCACCUUACAAGGCCGCGAUUGAGCGAAGGAGGGCCGAGGGAGGAGCAUAUGGAAAAACAAAAGAUCGAUCAAAACCAUCACCGUGA